AUGGAUACCAAUGUGAGCAUAUCUGAAUUAUUGUUUUUUUUUUUUUUUUUUUGUUCCCUGUUUGUACGCUUGGUAGCAUCCGGAUUUACUGUACAAAUGAGUCCUGACUUUCUGAUACUGUGCUGCCGCUUUGGCGCAAUCCUUCUAUCCCUGCCAACAGAACUGCUGCCUUAUCAGGUCAGCAGCAAGGGAUCCCUUAUCCACCGUGGGAACGGCGUGUUUGUAAAAGAUAUGGAAAGCGAGCAAGUGGUCGAUGGCAUCGCGCAGGCAGCCAAGGAUGUCUCCCUCGAGGCCACAACCUCGGAAAUGGAGCUCAAGCCGAUCCACCUCAUUGUCAUGGUGAUCACCCUACUGCAUGCUGUUUGCAUUGGCCUUUGGUUUCUUGUGUAUCUGGGCGGAGCGAAAGAUGGGACGGGCGCAGUGCCGGCCGAAGAAUCUAGGGCUUCGACGUCUUCAAAGACUACGACAGGGGCUGGAGCAUCUUCAAGUGAUGCAGGGAGAGAAGACGUGAAACCGGAAGACAAAAAAACACAGUGA